AUGGCGGCGGCGGCGGCCGAUGCGGACGUCCCGGGCCCGGCCCAGCCCCAGCUGGUGCGAUUUUUGUGUUCAUUACUUUUCCCAGGACUGAUUGUAAGUGGAGCUUUGUGUGUCUGCUUGGUCAUUGUCCUGUUAGGAAUCAGACUGUGGCUGCAAAAAAAGAAAAAAGCGUUCGCUGCAGGAAAGAAUGGGAAAAGUCAGACGGUGGUUGCCUUCUUUCAUCCAUACUGCAAUGCCGGCGGUGGAGGGGAGAGAGUCUUAUGGUGUGCCUUAAGAGCCCUGCAGAAAAAGUAUCCGGAAGCCCUUUACGUAGUUUAUACGGGGGAUAACGACGUAACGGGAGAGCAGAUGGUGGAAGGUGCCCUCAGGAGAUUCAACGUGAGAUUAGCCUUGCCGGUGAAGUUUGUGUUCCUGCGGAAGCGUUACCUGGUGGAGGCCUCCCUGUACCCUCAUUUCACCCUGCUGGGCCAGAGCCUGGGGUCCGUCUUCCUGGGCUGGGAAGCCCUGGCGGCCUGCGUCCCCGACGUAUACGUCGACUCCAUGGGCUACGCCUUCACGCUCCCGCUCUUCAAGUACCUGGGCGGCUGCAGGGUCGGCUGCUACGUCCACUACCCCACCAUCAGCACGGACAUGCUGACCGUGGUCAGGGAGCAGACCGCCGCCUUCAACAACGCCAGCUUCAUCACCAAGAACCCCGUCCUCAGCAAAGUCAAGCUCCUCUACUACUACACGUUCGCCCUGGCCUAUGGGCUGGUGGGCUCCUGCGCGGACGUGGUGAUGGUCAACUCCUCCUGGACGCUGAGCCACAUCCUGGCCCUCUGGAAGGCCGGCCCGCGCACGAGCGUCGUCUACCCGCCCUGCGACGUGCGGGCCUUCCUGGACGUCCCGUUGCACGAGAAGAAGCCGCCGGCGGCGGCCCCCGGGGACCUGCUGGUCUCCGUCGGGCAGUUCCGGCCGGAAAAGAACCACCCUCUACAGAUCCGAGCCUUCGCCAGACUGCUGGGAAAGGAGGCGGCCAAGAUGCUCCCUUCGCUUAAACUGGUCCUGAUCGGUGGGUGCCGAAACCAAGAGGACGAGCAGCGGGUCAGCCACCUCCGGGAGCUCUGCCGAGACCUGGGCGUCGGGGAAAGCGUGGAAUUCAAAAUCAACAUCCCAUUCGAGGAGCUCAAGCGCUACCUGGCGGAGGCAACCAUCGGGCUCCACACCAUGUGGAAUGAGCACUUUGGGAUCGGGGUUGUGGAAUGUAUGGCGGCUGGAACGGUCAUCCUGGCCCACGAUUCCGGCGGCCCAAAGCUGGACAUCGUCGUGCCUCACGAAGGAAACAUCACUGGAUUUCUGGCGGAAAGCGAGGAGAGCUAUGCCGAGACAAUCGCCCAUAUCCUUUCCCUGUCUCCAGAAGAGAGGCUGCAGAUCAGAAGAAAUGCCCGCCAGUCCGUGAGCAGAUUCUCGGAUCAGGAAUUCGAAGUGACAUUCCUCUUAUCCGUGGAGCCGUUAUUUAAGUGAAUGCUAUGGGUCUCAGUAAGUUAAUAGUAUUUUAUAGAUCGUGGUCAGAUCCCUUCACCUGUAAAUAUUUUUUCUAGACAGGGAUUCCCUUGGUAUAAUAAAGUCACCCUUUCUUUCUGUGGA